CCCACCUCCAUCGUUAUUUAUAAAGUCGGUCGGAGUUUUGUUACGUGUGGAAAUCAGCGUGUGAAAAGAAAACUGAUAUAGGAAAACAUUGGCAAUUAGUUGAGAGUUCUUUCCGGAAAGAUGAAGUUCCGCGCCCUCAUGCAGGAUGCAAUGUACAUGCGCGAAUUCCAAGCCAUUGUGGCCACAUUGGCCAAACUGGCCAAGGAUUGUGUAAUGAUCCUAGGCGACCGGCAGAUGCACUUCAUUGUAAACGAGGACCAGAGCUCCGCUGCGUCGCCCUUAGUUUGGGCGACCAUUGCAGCCGAUGAGUAUUUUCCAGAGUAUCGCAUGGAAGCUGCCCGGUCGGAUCAGGAGUAUAUAGUCCUGAGCAUGUCAUCGGCAAAUCUUGGUAGAGCUCUAUCCGUCCUCCGCGGUGGAGGUGUCAGCAUGUGUAAAUUAAAGCUGCAGAGAAUUCAGUUUCCCUGCAUUUCGGUGAUUGCCUCCGUGCAAUCGUCAUCAUCAUCUGAAGCCCGAGAAGUGGUCCACGAUGUACCAGUGACCAUAAUCCCGGCCAGUGAUUGGGCUGCCUAUGUGGUGCCAAGGGUGCCGAAUUCCCAACUGGCGUUGAGUUUGCCAUCGCUGCGUUUGCUGCGCAGUCUUAUAGAUAAACUGAAGAAUAUAUCACCCAGUCUUGAAUUCCAAGCCAGUUUUGAUGGAGAGCUCAGCGUGAUAGCCGCCUCUGAAAUGUCCACGGUGACCAGUCGAUUCCAGAAAUUAUUGCCACGAUCUCUGACUGUAUCUCAGCAAGAAGCCUCCUGUUCCGUGGAUUCUCGUAAAGCCUCGGCAUUCUUUGGAGCCCUGCAACUCUCCAACGAGGAACUUACAAUUGGGAUCGAUCAGGAACACUCCAUUCAUCUACAAAUCGAUGUUCGACAGGAUGUGGUCCUGCAUUCCAUCCUUCCCGCUGUCUGUGUGUAGUUUAUAUUGUAAACAAACAGCAAAUCAGCUGCCCUUUAAUAAGAUUUUUCGAAAUAUUGUCAUUUCA